UCAAUAGCAAUCGAUGAUCGGAGGGGAAAUGAUCUGGGCAAAGGCAGGAGAUCUGUCGAUGGAACGGGAGGAUAGAAUCGAACGAGCGGACGGUAUGAACUAAAUUUCGCAGCGAAGGUGGCGACAUGGGAGAGAUUUCCCCCUUGAUGGGUCGAUCGGUCGUCACCGGGCGCGUAGAUGUUCAGUCGCGCCCUCGCGCUCGCCGACAACAUCAAUUGUACAACAUCAAUUGUCACUGUACAAUAUCGCACGUCCUAUCGAACGUUUCUCGCCCUUCGGAUCUCACGCGUCACACAUCUACUACGUCUGCUACUCGUUCAGUGGAAAUCAAUCCAACUUUCAAUUUCACUUCGACUCGCGUACGCACGUCGUUCCGACAUCAGAUGCGAAUCAUGAAUUACUCGGUGUUGCUGAGCUUGUUGAUCGUCUGCUGGAUUUGGUUGCCAAUUGUUCGCUGCGGGACGCGACCAAGUUUCGUCUCGGACGAAAUGAUCGCAACAGCGGCUAGUGUGGUGAAUGCUUGCCAGACGCAAACGGGAGUAGCGACAGUGGACAUAGAGGCGGUGAGGAAUGGUCAGUGGCCCGAAACGCGUCAACUGAAGUGUUACAUGUACUGUCUGUGGGAACAAUUCGGUCUGGUCGAUGACAAGAGGGAACUCAGUUUGAACGGCAUGCUCACGUUUUUCCAAAGAAUACCAGCUUACAGAGCGGAGGUCCAGAAAGCGAUCAGCGAGUGCAAGGGGAUCGGUAAAUAUUUGGCUAAAGGUGACAAUUGCGAGUACGCGUACAGGUUCAAUAAAUGUUACGCGGAAUUAUCUCCGCGGACGUACUAUCUAUUUUAACCGAGUUUCAUUUGAAUCGAAGAUGAGACGAAGCUGGGGUUGGACCGUGUCUCGCUUUAUCAUGUAACGGAAUCGUACCCGUUCAAACAUAGACCGCACUCUGUACGAAACUGGUUAAUAAAAAAGAAACAUUCAGGACACUGGCCUUUCACGUUACUUUUGUCUUACCGUUUCCUAGCAUCGACCAUUUCGAUGUAACAUGUAGUAUACUUCUAUCCUCUUGUGUCUGUUCACGUUUUUUCUCUCGAAGGCAUCGGGAACAACGACAUGAGAAACUUGUACGAUCCUUCAAACGGUCCAGUUGAUCGUCACUUCCGAUGCUCGGACGAUCCAAUUGUCAAUUGAGGUCGCGAUUAAAUGCGCGUGAUAGAAAUGGAAGGAGGCUUGCGAACGAAGUACGCUUCGUUCGAA